ACCACCGCAACUCCGGAAGCGCGUGGUUAGAGUUUAUAAAGACGAAAACGAUUGGUGAAAGAGCAAAAAAUGACGGGUGAAUAUAACGAAGCGAGUUAGCACAAUUUGUUGGGACGAACGGAAAAAGUCUUGGUUCGGUUGUAGUGGAAGUGAGGGUGCUAAUUGAACAUGGAUUAAUCGCUAUUUGGAGGAUUAAUUAAAAUUCCAAAGAUUGUAACAAUGCACAGGCCACCGAAAGAGAACUCCACAAUGCGUGGAGACAACUUGAGGCUCUUCCUCUCAUCGAACACCCAGACUCUCCAGGUCAUCGGGGACGGUUGUCGGUUGAGGGUCCACGAGAACACGGGGAAGAUCCGGAUGAUCGGGGACGGCAGUCGCCUGGAGAUAACAGGGAAAAACAGUGGAGAGAUAGAGUAUCGAGGUGAUGGUGGAAGGAUUGUCCUCGGUCCACAAGUUGCCCCGAAGAAUAUUCUGUACGUGGGGGAUGGCGGGAGGAUUGGGAGGCAAACUGAGAUCAUUUCUAAAAUGAAGAUCAUCGAGAAAUCCUCGGGAAUUGGCACCUGUCAGACGUCGAGGAUCAAAACUACAGUCUACACGCCUGAUUGAGACGUAGGGGGAAUGGCUCACUAUUGGACAGACAUAAAAGAUGUAUUUAUUAGUAAAAACUGUUCAAAUUUUUCGUCAGGGCGACCUGAAAGCCCAUUAGGAUAUGUCUCCCUGGGGGGUCAAGUGGGAAAGACAAGGAUCAUCGCCCUUCCUUUUAACGUCACCACUUGCCUGUCUCUCUCAUUUACCCCUCGCUGCGAAGGUCAAAUGUGUUUGCAAGACAAAUGACAGAGCAGAACGAUCGCUUGUCUAGUCUUCCAUUUGGCACUUGAUGGCAAUCAUCUGAUAAAAGGGUCAAAUUACCCUUUCCCUCCACGACACCCUGUCUUUCCCUAUUUUCCCUUUUUCUAGUCAAUUUUAAGACUUUUUCCGUCGGUAUCAGUAUUGCAAUGUUUAUUAUACGAGCCGUGGGGUCUUCCCACCAUAAAAUGCCUCCGGAUGGCCUGCAGACGUGUGCUGCACUGAUGUGUGUUGUACUGAGGGUAAAUAUAAACUCUGGGACGCAGAGAAUGCAUUCUGGGGAGGACGUUUAACUGCGAGGGGAAAGGGGGGAGAAGAGGGCGAGAGGAAUGGGACACAGAUGGACAGGAAAUUACGACUGGGGGGCUGCGAAUUCCGAGAGGUACUCCAGGAAUCGCGGAAGCAGGACUUUUUGGAGAUGAGGGAGAUGAGAAAUGGUGUAGGAAUGGGACAGUAAUUGGGGUGAAUGUGGGGGUGUUGUUGUUGUUCUGGAGUUUGUUAUUGUUUUUGUUGAAUAAAUUAUUUUUACAUGAAA